UCGAGAAGUACCAGGACCUGGCCAGGGAACUUCGUAAGAUUUGGCAGGAAAAAUACGUUCGACCCUUCAUCAUGAGUAAUGGAUUUUUGCAGCAUCCCAUGAAUGUAUGACCUCUGACCCAUGAUGGGAAGUACACCGAGCUCAACGAAGAACCAACAACUCAAGAAGAAGGCAGGGGAGGCUAAUGGGACGAUGAACAAUAACAAUGAAAAGGGAACAGUGGAUCUGUCCUCGCAAAAGGCGGCAGGAGAUGGAGAUGCUGACCUGGCCGAGAAAAAAGAAGAAGGAGAAGAGGCACCCGAUGAAGAGACCAUCGAGGAUAAGAUAAAUAAAAUUGCCGAAGUCGUGUCUUACUUAAAAACUGUGGAUGACUUUGCAGCAGAGGAAUGUUUUAAGAAAUUUGCCACUCUUGGAAAGCUGUCAUUUGACAGAGCAAAUCGUCUCCAGCUGGGAAAGUAUUUGGUCGAACAAGGUUUUGGCGAACUGUACCUGACGAUUCACACGAAUCUAUACACUCAUGAUUUAUUCAAUAAAGAGAGCGAGGACCCCCAACGUAAGCAGGCGUUGAUCAACCUGAAGAAAAUGCGGAUGUCUUACUGGAACUAUACCGAUAGCGUCGAGGAGCUUUGUGUUGUCCUCGGACAGACCGGCGCUUUAGAAGCCUCCAUUCAGGAACUCUCCAACCCUGCUCUGAACUACGACCAGUUGAAGAAUGAGAGUAGGAGGCACGUUGUACGAGGUGUUCUGGGCAUACUGAGUAACUCCAUCCGGUUGUGCGGAGACAACCGUGAGAUUUACCGCAAGGCAGGAGCUGUGGAGAUCCUCUGUACCCUCAUGAAGUGCACCUUCCUCAUCGUUCGUGUUCAGUGUUUACUCAUCUUGUCUUACAUCAUCACAGAGGAAGAAAGUGAAAAGAUCACGGCUACGGAUGGCUCCAUUGACUUUCUGCUGACUUUAGUGAAAGAAGCACUGAAGACGAAAGAACACAAGACCAAAAGAUAUGGUUUCACUGUCGAAGAACUCAUGAUUGGCAUAAACAACUUGGCCUUGAAUGAUGAGAACAAGGUGAAGAUUGUCCAGAAAGGAGGACUGGAUCCACUGGUCAAGAUGUUGACAGUCCACUUCUCAGAUACUGAACAAGAAUUGGCUGCUGGCUUAGUGUGGAAGCUGGCAUUCGUGCCGUCCAAUCGGGCCGUCAUCAAACACAACACGCCACUUUUUGAAGCUCUGACUGAACUAAGGACAUGUCACAACGCAGCCUUGAGAGAAGCUUGCACAGGAGCAUUAUGGGAAACUACUGAGGGGAAAAUCGAUUUGCCGGGGCACAUUCACAGUGAAGGUGGCUCGUCACACGAGGGCGUUACAGUCAGCAACAAGCAUAUAAUGAUUAGCUACCAGUGGGAUGUCCAGAAACGAAUGAUCAUGUUGAAAGAUGAAUUGAUAUCUGCCGGGUACAAUGUUUGGAUGGACGUCGAUAAAAUGGAGGGCGAUAUUCUUGGUGCGAUGGCAGAGGCAGUAGAGAACUCCGCUGUGGUAUUAGUGGCUCUGUCCCGCAAAUAUAAAGACAGUCAUAAUACACGAACAGAAGCAACAUAUGCCUACAAGCAGAACAUCCCCAUUGUUCCUCUACUAGUAGAGAAAGAUUAUUCAGCUGACGGAUGGCUUGGCGCACUUGUUGGCACACUUCUGUAUUUCAAAUUCUUUGAAGACGCCCAGUUGGAGCAGAAUUUGCCGUAUUUGGUCCAAGAACUUGGGAAUCGUGCUAAGGAAGGGGCGAUUGUUGAAAAAGGCAUCGUCCAGGCAACCAAGGCAUCGUUGACAGCAAGCAAGCCAGCGGCUUCCAACCCCACCAAAGUCGGACGAGCGGUGGUUGCCACGUGGGAAAAGGACCAAGUCCAGAAAUGGCUGAAGGACAAUGAGCUGAUGGACGCUCAUAAGAAAAUGCUGCAGUUCAACGGAGAGCUGUUGGUGCAGAUGUACAAGCAGUCGCAGAGAGCGCCAGAGUUCUUCCACAGUAGCCUCCGACAAGAGUUGGGAUUGGAUUUCCUAACUAUUCUGAAGUUGACAAGCGCGCUGGAUAAACUUAUGAUAUGAGAACUGCCAAACCAUUAUGGUUUUCAUCUGAUGGUAGUGUCAACCUGAAGCUAAACUGAGAUUAUUAUGUAUGCCUCUCAGGACAUUACAAUAUCUAUUUUUUUUUCAAGUAUUCGACAAGAGUUCUGUCACAGCACUCUCCGACGGAAGUUGGGAUUAAAUUUUUUUUUUAUUUUGAACUUGUAUGAAAACUAGAAAACCAUUAAGUAUUCCAAUAUUGACAGUUUCACACAAAAUGUAUGUAAACUGAGAUUAUAUAUACUGUAUGCUUUAUCACAUAUUUUUAUAUCAGGACACUACAGUAAAGUAUUUGACC